ACCUCUGUAUUUUUAGGGGUUCUGUUCUUCCUACGAAAUUGCAACUUGUCCCAAUGCAUUGAUUCAGCAUUUCUUGUUAGUUGCAUUGGCAUAAAGAUACCCGUGGAUUACCUUGAAUAUACACCAACAUAUGUGUUUGCUAUGUGGGAUUUGUGUUCCUUGCAAAAUAUUUUGUAUUAGGAAAUCUUUUCAAUGUCAUUUUCUAGUGUUAGGUCGGGUGAAAAAUAGGUGACACAUGAUAAUCAUACAUGGUGGAGGAUGGGGGAUGGUAAUGUUUUGGUGAUAUGUUCGAGCAUUCGGUUGAAAGAAGUGGUAUGAGUAAGAGUGGGGAUAUUUGUUGGAAAAUAUUUCCUUGGAAAAAGAUGCCAAUCACCAAACACUGGAAAAUUAUUUUAUUAUGAAAAAUAUUAUCUUCCGUACCACACACACAAAUGGCCUGCUUUUAAUUUGCAAUUUCAGGAUGUAAAUUGGGACAUUGGGUAGGUCAGAGCAAACAAACCAGAGGGAUCUCUAGGAAUGGUUUAAUAAAAUUUAUUCAUGCUAGCUACUGAUUGAGUACUAGGAUUAAAUGUUGCUGUCCUCAAGAGCAGCAUUAUUCUGCUUAUCGGGCAGAAUGCCAUACAUAUUUGAUCACAAUCUAGAGAUGGGGAUAAAGAGUUUAGUGCAUACUAUAGUUUUUGGGAGAUGAAUUUUGUUGUAAAAAUAUCUGAUAAAAGGUUGCUGAACGGGAGGAAAAUUAUCAGCGGGUACAAAGAAGUGUAGAAGUUGAAAUUUAUAAUCUUUUACUGGUAUGAAGUAGGUCAAUUAUGAAAUUAGUCUCUUAGUAUCGUGCUUUAGUGUGAUAAUAUCAGUUUUCAUAAGUUAGUUCUAAUUGGAAAGUUUAACUUCAUUCUUACGGUACAACUUCAUGUAUCAUGGUUCAAGCAUAAAAGAACAAUUAUAAUGACAUAAUGUUUACAUCUUUAACGUAGGGAUAAUCGUCUGUGCGUGUCAAUUUUAAAUUAAGGUCAAUGUACGUAUGAUAAAGUUCUGAACGCCUUUUGUUUCCUAUGGUUAAUUUUCCAUGGAUUAUUUGCAUACAAGAGGUUGCAUUGAGCUUCAAUGGAGGGAAAGACUCUGCCGUGUUGCUUCACCUACUGAAGGCAGGCUAUUUUUUGCAUAAAGCGGAAGAAAGUAGUUCACAAGAUGUUGCUGAUGGUGAAAACACACUUCCGAUACGGACAAUUUAUUUUGAGACCCCGAAUGCUUUCCCUGAAAUCAACUCAUUCACUUAUGAAACCGCAGCCACGUACAAUUUGCAAAUGGAUAUUCUUCGCCUCGACUUCAAAUCAGGGUUGGAAGCUCUGCUUAAGGCUAAUCCAAUUAGAGCUAUUUUUCUUGGUGUGCGAAUUGGUGAUCCUACUGCGGUAGGUCAGGAGCAAUUCUCACCUAGUUCACCUGGGUGGCCACCUUUCAUGCGGGUGAAUCCAAUUUUGGAUUGGUCAUACAGAGAUGUAUGGGCCUUCCUUUUGGUUUGCAAGGUUCGGUACUGCAGCCUUUAUGAUCAAGGGUAUACGUCAAUUGGGAGCAUCCAUGACACUGUUCCUAAUGCACUAUUGGGCAUCAGGGAUGACAACAACAGCAAAAAAAAGUUUAGGCCAGCUUAUUUACUCGCUGAUGGAAGGCUGGAAAGAGCUGGAAGGGUAAAAAAGUACACGCUGCCAGUUUCUGGGAAAUUAUCUUCUGUUAGCAAUGGACUAAAAAUCGAGGAUUUGAAUUCCAAUAAUAUGCUUAAUGCCUCAAUCAUAGCCGUGGGAGAUGAAAUUCUGUUUGGCACUGUAGAGGACAAGUUGGGUUCUGUGUUGUGUAGAAAGCUCCAUUCUAUUGGGUGGGCAGCUUCGCUGCUUGUUGUCGCUCGAAAUGAUAUAGAUUCUGUGGCUGAGGAAGUUGAGAGGCGGAAGUCCACAAGUGACAUGGUAUUUAUAUAUGGUGGAGUAGGUCCAUUGCAUUCGGAUGUCACCGUAGCUGGAGUUGCAAAAGCUUUUGGUGUUCGCAUGGCUCCUGAUGUAGAGUUUGAAAAACAUUUGAGGCACCUGAUUGGUGAAAAAUGCACCGGCGACAAGAAUGAGAUGGCAUUGUUGCCUGAGGGUAUUACAGAAUUGCUGCAUCAUGAACAGCUGUCUGUGCCUAUGAUUAAGUGCGGUAAAGUGAUCAUUCUCACUGCAACCAAUGUUACUGAACUGGACCUACAGUGGAAUUGUCUGAUUGAUUCAUUGAAAUCUAAUGGUGACUUGGUAGUGAUGACACCAUUUGUUUCAAAAUGCUUGGCAACAACUCUUUCCGAUGUUGAAGUUGCUCGACCUUUGUCAAAGCUUUGCCUUCAGUUUCCUGAUCUGUACGUCGGAGGUUAUCGAGGAUCAAGAAAAGGCCCUCUUAUGAUUAGAUUCGAAGGGAAGGAUCUUUCAAGAAUAGAGGCAGCUUGUCAAUCAUUGUGCCAGAAUUUUUACCCUGGCGCAUUCUCUGAAACUGAGUGACAGAGACUUUUCCACGCUGCUGAAGGCCGAUACACGGAAACUGCCUAAGGAAAAGGGGUUCAAAUUCCAUGUGAAAAUUGAGGAGAAUGGUGGACAUGACAAAGAAACCAGGAGGAACCUUCCAAUUUUUAGUACAAACUGUACAAUUUGACUCUAUUGUGUCAAUGGUGUUGGUUUAAUCACAACAUCAAGACACAGAAACACAUAUUUUCUGGCAAGACUUUAUUUCAGACCUAGUAGUUCAGUUGCCAAAGAAUCAAUCCAGCAAUCUAUAUAGUCAGACUUCUCUAUACAACAUUUUGCCUCA